GUGAAAAUCUUCACCCAGUUUUUGUGCUUCACGAUGGACUCCUUCAAAACCAUUGGGGGCCUUGAAAGCCACGGUUUGAACGUGAAAAAAACUUUCUUCGUUCACAUUCUAUAAAGCAACAUCUCUGUUCCCAGUCGCCAGUCGCCAAGACAGGUACGGGUGGGAUCUAAACCUUGUACGUUUACAUCCUUGUCACAGGACAAACCAGUCCUUUGAGCUACCGGCGCGGAAAAUCCGGGGAAGCCGGCCAGCAUCCGGACACUCAUCGCAUCGCCAUGAGCAGCCAAAACAUGAACAGGAAGUCAUGGGAGUCCCUGUCAUCGACAUUCUCUCAAUUGGAAAUCUCCAUCUCCCAUGACAGCUGCUAUGCCUCUGAUGAAUACUCUGCCCCCGCAAAACCUACCACUGCUGUCCACACUCUUGAGGCUCCCUCUCUGGUGCCCGCGGUAGCGGCGCCUCUCCAGUCGAUCUUGAAGCCGAUUCUGAAAAGACCAUAUUCAGAAAUCGAAGAAGACGAAGAAGAGGCAGAGUCUGGCUACGCAUCUGAGGAAUCCGAAUACGGUUAUGACAGUUUUGACGAAUCGGAUGAUGACAUGUGUGAAGUCUCAGAUUGGGAUGAAGCUUCUGACAUCAUGUCUCAAUCAGAUGGGGAAGACGACGAUGUCGCGUCACUAGACGGCUCGUUUAUCAUCGAAUUCGGCGGAUCUCAUGUUCAGUUCGAUGCGAACAUAUGCUAUAUCGAAGCGCCAGAGCUAGAGGAAGAUGAUGAAAGCCCCGAGGCUGGACUGACUUGCCACGAGUUGAUGGAGAUGGCACGAAAGUCUGGUAGCCUGCGGCUACAAGAGGGUACAGGUCCUGGAGACCACCCUGAGGACUGCGAGGACGACGAUAGUCUGAUCCUGGAAACUUUGAAGCAGCUCCCGGAAGAGCACCCCGAUGAUGUUGUUGACCUGGACAAGAGUCUCUUCGUCGCCUACAUGAAUGGCAUCAAUGGGCUUACCGACCCACAAUACAAGUCUCGCCUUCGCAGCCGCGUUGACGAUAUAAAGUCUGGUCGUGCACACACGCCAUACCUAGACGAGGAUGGAACCACUGGUGCAUACAUCGAUAACGCGCUCAACCACGUUAUCGGAGUCUUCCGCAACAUCGUCGCCGAGGAGGAGUUCAACGAACUCGUUGACCUCAGCCACGUCAAGGGCAGCUCCACCGGGCCGAGUGGGAGCAUUAACCAGAAGCUCUUGACCAAGCUUGAGAAUAUCCUCUCCGAGAGACUGGCCUCCAAUGCCGUCAAUAUCGGGCCUGACGAGUUGAGCUUCUUCACCAGUGGGCUUGCUUACGCUCUAGACCACUGGACCAGUUACAUGACGCGAUGAAUAUGAUACGCUGUCCAUGAAGAAUCACGAAGAGAAACAAAAAAGCACUAAAAUGUGAAAAAAAGAAGGCCAAGAGCCGAAAGAUGUCCAAAGGGCCUAAAUCGUUGUUAUUUCAUUUGCCAUGGCCUAAAUAUCAAAAGUAUUUCGCAAAAGCUUACGAGCGGGGAUUGUAGCAUCACUAAUGAUUAUGAACCCGAAAUAUUCU